AUGUCGCGGCUCCCACUCGCGCAGUGGGAUCCCUCCCUCUUUACCGAGCUCCAGACCCUGCUCGCACUUGUCGCAACUCAACCGACAACCUCCCUCGUCCGCCGUCUCUUUACAAAGCUCGAUGAGGCCCGCCCAUGGAUCCUCGCUCUCACAGCCCUCCCAACCCCCAAUGAAGAGGACAAGAAGUUUAUUUCGGCUUCCCCCAUCGCCACGCCAGACGGCGCCGAGGUGCGCAUCACCGAUGAGCUUCUGGUGACGACAAACACCAUUGCCGACAACCUCAACGUCUCCCAUCUCCUUGCCGCCAUCCUUGCCCUCCGCGCCGUCCAGGCUCGUCCUCGCUUCCCAUCGCGCUCCGACCCCGAGAUUGCAGUCUAUGUGCUGCACGAGGCACUCCAGGCGCUUCUCGACUUUGUUAAGGAGCUCCUCCGUCUGACAGUUGGGCCCGAAGCCGAGGCCGGCGAGCCGUUUGACGACCUUCGUGUCUGGGUGUAUGAUCUGCUGGACGACAAGGGAGCUGGAGGCUACGUUGGUGACGUUGUGACGGACCAAAUCGACGCCAUCCAGGCCCGCUUGGCGACACUAGUUCGCAGCCAGGCCUCCGGAGCGGCCCUUGAGCUGGUCAAUUUCCGCGUCGCCGCCCUGCGCGGUGAGCAGAACCGUCUCGCCGGUAUUCUCGACACUCUGGCCAUUUCCGGCCUUCUCAAGGUCAGCCAGGUCGUCAAGAUUGUCAAGUCGUUGAAAAAGUGCACCAGACCGGACGCCGUCGCUGCAAGCGUGCUCGCGGCCUUCUUCGCUGCUACCCCGCCAAUCGACUCGUUCAAGGAAGACGUUCAGGACGCCCGCAUCGAGACGGUCGCCGCCUACGUGACCAACGGCAAGUUGAAUUCGGUCGUGACCAACAUCAUCUUUGGAGAGACGUUUGCUGUCGAGCCCAUCCGCGAAGCCCUCCGCGUGCACUGGUCUUUGUACCUCACCGCCGCAUUGGCCGAGGAGCCGUCGCUGCAAACCAGCGUGGGUAUCGAGCCCGGCUCGGUCGAAAAGCAGCUCUACGACGGUGUCGCUGCCGGAGCGUUCCAGUUUAUUGCUGGCCUCGUCAACCAGCUUCACGCCACACCCGAGGACCCGACCUAUGCGCUCGCCUCGCGUUCCGACGCAGACAAUGACCAGUUCCUUUUGAACCAGUUGGAUACCCUUGUCCACAACCUUGCCCGCAAGCGCGGGUUUGUUCGUAUCAUCAAGAACCGUGAAGAGGAUACGUCGCUCCGCAGGUCAUCACAGGCGCCACCUUCGGCCAACUACCAGGCCUUCCUCUCCCUUAUUGCUGCAGUGUACACCAACCUGCCACCAGAUAGCGCCGGUAAGCUGUGGGACGAAACCCAGUUUACCGGCGUCGCGUUUGAUCUGCGUUCCAUGUACCCGGCGCAGCCAUUCUGGGACAUGAUCAACGCCAUCUCGGUCGGUCCUGCGUGUGCAACGAAGUGCUACGAAAAACUCAAGGACACUCGCCUGUCGUGGCAGUCGCUGUUCAAGUUUUUUGAGCACUACGUCGAGAUUAUGCCCCAUUUUGUCGAGACGGUCAAGACGAACCGACAGACCUCGAGUGAGCCCAUGCAAGAGGACGAGUUCCUUGUCGCACAAGGUUGGACUAAACUUUUGGCCACCAUUGUUGGCGACUCGGCCCUUGCUCGCGGCGCGCUCCUCACCCAGCCAAAGCCCCACCCCAUCCAGACUCUAUUUGCCUUUGUCAACUGCGACAUCCCUGCCGACCUCAAGGCCACUGUGUUUGAGGCCAUUACCGCGUUCGUGAAGCGCCGUGGCGACUCGACCGACGACGACGUCGUUGCCCGUGCUGUCACCGCGUACGAGAGCAUUAGCUUUGCGGACCCGACCAUGGAGGUGCGCGAGGGGACCCGACUUCCGCAGUCGAUUGGAUGGAUCUCCCGCAUGGAGUACAACGAGCAAGAGGUUGGCGCGUACCCUCUGACUCGCGCAUACAUUGGCUUCCUCACCGCGCUCAUCCCUUCGGAUAAGCCAAAGGUCAACAAUGCGCUCCGCCGUGGUGCCAUCUACAUUAUCGACUAUGUGGUGGAGCGUGUGCUCGUAGGCAUACGCCAGACGUCGAACCAAAAGGAGUACUUUGAGGUUCUUGACUCUGUGCUUGCGUUCUUUGAGCGCGCCAUUCAGUGCUUUGACCUUACCGACCUCCUCACCCCGGCGCGCGGCACGGCGCAGGCCCUGGCCGACCAGCCUGGUUUCCUUGUUCUGCUGCGCCUCCUCUCCGACCCGGCCGUCUUUGCACCCCUCGCCAACGUUGUGGAUCACGCCAACCUCCUUGCCGGCUCGCGUCCCAAGGUUGUUACCGAGUGCCUGGGCCAUGUUUUGCGCCUCUAUCACCGCAUCCUCGACGUCCAGCUCGUCUUUUCUGACGUUCUGCUCCUCACGCUGCAGUCGUCGUCUGGAUUCAAGCGUCCCCUGGGCUUCCAGUCCAUUGACCAGUACCUCCUCAGCCACCUGUCCAACGUGACGGCCAUUGCCCUGCUGGUCGGUGACGACGACUUGGCCGUUUCAUUUGUCGCGCUCAAGAUCAUCUACGCCCUCGCCCAGUCCCCAUUGUUCUCGAGUACCGACGUUUUCCGUGGCGAAUACUCCAAGGCCAUGAACCGUCUUGCCGGUAUCAUCGACGCUUCCGACGAGAGCCUCCGCAUUGCCCAGGCCUUUUGCAUCCGCCUCGAGGCCGAGGGCGAAGACUUGGCUCCCGAAGAAGUUGAGGCCGAGGCCAAGAAGGUUCUCCGCGGUGACGAGUCAUCAGACUCGCUGCCCGUUGUCAUUCGCUCGACCAUUCUCGACCUGCUUGUUGACGGAACCGCCGAGUCGUCGUCACCCAACAUUGCCCAUUUCCUCCUCGGGUUCGACUUCCGUGCUCGCGAGCUUGGGCUUCAGGACCCGCGGUCGCCAUCAUCACGUCUCUCGUGUCUCGGAGUGAUUCUCGAGCAACUCAACACCACCCCUCCCAUGAUCCAGCUCCACCCAGUGCUUGCGGCCAAGUGCGCGCAGCUCAUCCACCAGCUUUUCGCCAACACUGUCACUGGUCCUACAACCAUGUCGUACGCCGAGUCCUACCACGCGUUCCCGGCCCGCCAGCUCGAGAUGCUGCCCCGGACGUGCCCCACUGCCACACGCGAGGUUCCCGGCAUGGGCGUGGCGGCGACGUACACGGACACCGUCGAGACCUCGGCCGGUACCCUCGUUGCCUACCUGGACUUUGAGCGCUACAUCCUCGCUUCGGUUGCCCUCCAGACCUUUGCUUUCGAAGGUCAUGGAGCGUCGUCAGAGUUUGUUGCUGCUCUACUCUUGUCAGACGAAGGUGACGAGGAUGACGACCAGCGCCCUCCUCUGCUGAUCGACCUUGUCUCGACCGUGGACAUUACGUUUACCGAGACCGACGCCGGCGAUGCCAGCCAGAGCAAGGUCCUUGAGUUUUACUCUGGUUUCCAGUUUGACUCGUUCAAGCGCCCCGACAGCGAGUGGUUUGACCUCGAGAUGCUCUCGCGCGCCCUCCGUUCCCACCGCCGCCAACUCGAGCGCCAGGGUGCCGUCAUCCCCGGAACCUCUGCCGACGCCAUGGCCGCAGAGGCCGACUAUAUCCUCCGCCGUCUUGCUAUCAAGAACCGCGAGACCGACAUUGCCAUUGCCAAGGGCUCGUUCUUUACAGCUUGGAACGAGGCUCUCAAGGUGUCACUCGCCAUGCUCUUCCACUAUGUUCCCGAGGACCGCCAGGAGGUUCUCAUUUUCGAGCUUCUCGAUGCGGUUCUUGACCGCCUCAACACAGAUCUCGCCCCCGGUGUGCUUGAGAUCUUGUCCGAGGCUGUCCUAGUCUCCUUUACGACCCUCGCCAACCUCCUCUCGUCCCACGAUGCGACCAACCUCCCCAUCGACCGUCUCUCGACCACACUGCUCAAGGUUGUCGACGGAGCCGUUCGUCCCGGUACCACAGAGACUGCCCGCGGCAACCUCUACGCCGCCGUGAGCCAGUACCUCCAGCUUGUGCCCGCCGAUGCCGAGUCUGCGCUGCAUAAGGCCACUGUUGCCGCUCUCUCGGCACGCAAGGACCGCUUCGUUAGUGUCCUGUGCCGUGACGCCAUGGAUAUGCGUGACGUGUGGAAGACCGAGUGCUUCUCCCUCCUCGCUGCUGUCGUCUCCCUGGGCGACCGUGGCCUGGUCUCGCCCCUCACCCAGGGUGGUUUCCUGGCCCAGUUCGUGCGCAGCGUCAAGGACCGCGAGAUGGCCCUCCAGGAGUGUCUCUCGCCUGAACCCGAAAACCUCCACGCCUUCUGGGUGUACGAGACCAAGGUCGCUUUCCUUACCGCCUACGCCGCCACCGCCAAGGGCGCCGACGACCUUGUCGAGGCUGGUGUCUUCCAGACGUUUGCCAUGUGCGGCUUUAUCACUGUCCAACCAUUCAGCGAGGACGUUCUUGACGACACGAUCGCUUCCGAGACUGUGCACCGCCAGCACCACGUGCUUAUUGCCGCCCUCCAGCUGCUCGUCCGUGUGCUGUCGUCGCCCACUCGCAGCGGCCCCGCCCACGCUCUCAGCUUUUUGAAUGCGCACCGCGAGUCGUUCCUGGUCCUCUUGCGCGAGAACCAGGCCUACGUCACGCCCACCGGUAUCGACGAGUCACGCCUCAUUGUCGGGCUCAUGUGCCUCAUUGUCCCCAAGGUCUCGGCCAAGGACCUGCGUGAGCCAUCUGCAUUUGGCGCGUUCCACUUUGCGGUUUUGUCGCUCGCUGCUCGCUUCUUUGACCGUUCGUGGGUCGACUCGCUGCAUGACGCCGAUCCCGCGGAUGGAGACUCGGUCGAUACCCAGGCAAAAGUCCUCGCUCUCAACCAGGUUAUCAUCGCCUACUUGUGCGCCACUACUGUCGGGCUCAAGGCUGGUCAAGGAUCACCCGUGCUCGUACUCGGCGCGGCCCGCCCCAGCGGUACCAAGUACAUUGGUUCGGCACCCAGCCUGCCCCAGGCUGUCGAGCUCGUGGCGGACCUCGCCGAGGCUGCCACCGACGUUGGUGCCGCGUACGACGACGUGGCCGACAAGCUCGAGGCUGGCGAGGAAGUGUCCGUUCCCGGUCUCGAGGCCGACACGAUCGAGGAGCUCCAGGCCGCCUUUUCCGCUCGCAUUGGCGCAAUCUACAACAUGAUCGAGUCGUUGCUGCUCCUCAUCUGGAGGCACAUGCUCUACUAUGCGACCGACGCCGCCGGCGAGUCAGUCCGCCCCGACACGCUGUCGCUCAGCUUUUCGACCGCUGCUCUCGCCACCAACCCUUAUGCGCAAUCCACGGCUGGGCAGACCAACCUCAAGGCCCUGGAACGUGUUGCUGCUUCGCUGCGUGGCGUGUUAGAUCGUCUGGACGAUGUCGAGUCGAUUUCCGGAGGCGGUAGUGGGAAAAAGGAGGAUGCGUAUGGCGCCAUGCUGGUGAGGCGGUUGCGCGAGCUGUGUGCUGGGUUGAUUGGGGAAUAG